AGACAGACAGCUCCGACCAAAACCCAUUUCACAGAAAUUGAACAAUAAAAAAACAGCAAACGCCAAUAACCCAAAGAAGAAGAAGGAAUACCCCAAGAAUUAAACCCUUUCCAAGCCAUGCCUUGUGCAGUAGCUGCAGUAUCCACCUCGCCGAUGUUCACUCCGUCGCCGAGAAAGUUGUCGCCGAUAUUCUGUAAGCCCGCCGCGUCUCCUCCUCCUCCUCCGCCGUCGUCGCUAUCUUCUCCGCCUCGGUUGGGAAUCAAGCAUAUUGGGAAUCCGUUGAGUGGAGGAAGAGAUGAAGAAGUAGGGCCGUCGAAGGUGGUGACGAUGAUGAAGAGGAAAAGGCCGGCGAGAAUUGAUAUACCGGCGAUGAAUUUUGGGUUUGAUAAUGAGAGAACGAUCUCGGAUUUUGAUAGGUUGGAUGAGGUGGAGGUUGAAGGAGAGGGGUAUUCUGUGUACUGUAAGAGAGGGAAAAGGGGUGGCGUUAUGGAGGAUCGGUACGCUGCCGUGCUAGGUUCCAAAGGGGAUUCUAAGCAGGCUUUCUUUGGCGUAUUUGAUGGCCAUGGAGGAGCUGGAGCUGCAGAAUUUGCAGCAAAGAAUCUGGAGAAGAAUGUUAUGAAUGAAAUGUCAAAGAGAAGUGAAGUAGAGAUUGAAAAGGCGGUGAAAGAGGGUUACCUCACCACGGAUGCUGAGUUCCUGAAAAAAGAUAUUCGAGGUGGGACUUGUUGUGUGACAGCAUUGAUACACAAAGGAGAUUUGGUGGUGUCCAACGCUGGAGAUUGUCGUGCUGUUAUGUGUCGAGGAGGAGUUGCUGAGGCCCUCACAGUUGAUCAUAGGCCUUCUCUGAAUGAUGAAAGAGAGAGGAUUGAGAAUCUUGGUGGUUAUGUGGAUUGUUGCCAUGGUGUUUGGAGAGUACAUGGAUCUCUUGCUGUAUCAAGAGCAAUUGGAGAUCGUCAUCUCAAACAAUGGGUGAUAGCCGAACCGGCGACCAAAGUAUUGAAGAUUAGCCCAGAGUGCGAGUUUUUAAUCCUUGCCUCCGAUGGCCUUUGGGAUAAGGUUAGCAAUCAAGAAGCAGUAGAUGUAGUCCGACCAUUAUGUACCGGUGUGGAGAAGCCAGAAGCAUUCUCUGCUUGCAAGAAGCUAGUUGAUUUGUCACUGGCAAGAGGUUCUGCUGAUGAUACAAGUGUUAUGGUCAUUCAGUUAAGUCAGGUCCUGAACCAACACAAAUGAUUGAAGUCCUAGCACCUGCAAAUUCGCUAUUCCAGACAUAUUUAUGAUCCUCGAAAUUUCCCUAAACCCUUUAGGUAGGGAAGUUUCACGGUUGGUUGACAUCAAAGCUGAAGUAUAAUUGUUAACAGUCACGUCCAUUAACUAGACAUAUACAUGUGGAGAAGGUCAUAUAUCAGCUUUCUUGUAUAUACAGUCACCAUUUUGCCUGCCGGAAGAUAAGGGAUUUUGCCAACAAGAGGAGAAGAAUUGCUGAACUUAUGGCCGUCAUGUAUAAUUUUCCAAGCAUUACUGAACAGAUAUGCUAACUGUAAUCAAUCAACAACACAAGUGUAAUUUCAAUCUAGAAUUUAUUGGUAAUUCUUGCUCCACAGCUUCUGAUAAAUAUUUCAUUUGUCUUUAACAUCAACCUAUGGCUGUGAUUGUUUUUUCUUCUUAUUCA